GCUCGAGAUUGGCAUCGGAAGUUCUGAGUUGUUUUCACAGCGACGCAAAAGCUGACGAUUUGGGAAAUGCCGCCUUUGUGAUCGAUUUCUGUGGUCUUCCGUGUGUCACUUAAAACCCUCGGAUUAUCCAAUUCGUGUUCCUCGAGAUGUUCAUAACUUUCAAGCGGGAUAAGAGAUGAGUAGCUCCGUAGAAGACUGGCUUCGAUCGCUCGGCUUCAUCCACUACACACAAGCAUUUCUGGAUAAUGGCUACGAUGAACUCGAAAUUUGUAAAGAGAUUGGAAAGGAGGAUUUGGAUGCGAUUGGUGUUAGGAACUUCAAGGACAGGACAGAUAUUCUGAAUGCUGUUGAACGCUUAAAACAGAGUGGUACCGCUGUGUACUUCGUCCUUGAAGGAGGUACUGACAGCGAGCCCUUACAAGCGCAGCCUGAACGUGAUACAUACCUCCCCGUUUCGUUGAAGAUGAUGUUGCACGAUAAACUUGAAGAAGACAAAAUCGAUUUAACCACACAUCCGUACUCUAAACAGGAUGGCUCUGAGGGAUGUCUAGAUACACUGGUAACCCUGUAUGCUGAUAAGUUUUACACAUAUGAGGAACACGUGCUGAGAGCUUUAAGAAUUCUACGACAGAACAAAGUAGAAAAGGAAGGAGCUUAUGAUAGUUCCUCUUCACAGUUUUCAGCUCCUCCUCAUUCUCAUGAAAGACACAGUUCAACAAGGCAUUCUUCAAAAUCCAGGUAUUCAGAUGAUCACAAUGAAGAACCCACAUCUGAGGAUGAUGUUCAUCAUAGAUCUGUCUCUUCUGAAGACCCAAGUAGUCCAGCUGGGAGAGGUUGGAUCCCAGCUGACUACUUGGAUGUUGACAGCCCAGCCCAGCGUGGUAAGAAGGAAAAGAAACGAAGGAAGGUAGAAAGAAAUACUAAGCUUUCAAGGAGUUUAGACUCUUUGAAAGAGUUACAUGUCAAUGUGGAGCCAAAACCAAGGGACAGAGAAGCAUCCUCUUUAAAAUCAAAACCAUUUAGAUUCAGACUGUUUCAUGGUGGCAGCAAGAAGAAGAACCAUGGAAAUGAGAUAAAGAAGCAGCCUUUGGAGAAAAAGCUGUCAAAUCAAAAGAAAGAGGAUUAUAAUGUGCUGGCAUCAGCCAUUAAAAUGGGAGAGGAAGAUCGCAUGGCACUCAUGAUCAUGGUCAAACAAGGGGAACUCACAGUAGAAGAAGCUGUAGAACAGUUGAAGAGAUAUGAAGAAGACAGCAGAAAUGAUGAUUAUUUAAAACCUAAGAAUGACUUUUCUUGUGAAGAUGAAAAGAUGGGCAAUAAACCCAAAUUAAAACGUGGUAUUUUCGGAAAGAGCACAAAGAGAAAAUCAAGUAGCAGACCCUCAUCUGAGUUUAUUGCAAGUGAAAUGACGACCAUGAGUGAGGAAGAUAGAAUUAACUUGAUGAGGAGUGUCAAGAAUGGAGAGAUGAGUGUUGAGCAGGCACUCAAACGAUUCGUCAGCUAUGAAGAGAAACAUAAAAGAUGUGAUUCAGAUGAUGCUUCUUCUUCGAGGCCCGCUAGGGAAUCGCCCAGAUUACCUAAAAGUUCUGGAUUUUCACGGAUCAGUAUCAAGAGAGUGUCUGGUGCCCUGUCGUCAGCUUCAUUUAGAUUGUCUGGUAAUCCUGCUCUAGAACCAAAUAGUGUAUUUUACACUGGAGUGGAGGGUGCAAACGCAGGGGGAGACGGUGGUAGUGUCGACAGCAGUAUGAGCUCAGGAGAUGAGGUCCUGGGAACUAACGACUCCUCCCCAGCCCCAUCUCCAAAAAGGUUGCUGGCGAACGUUCAGGGCGUAAAUAAGUCACCGCACAGCUCAUCCAGCAGUGUGGAGAGCAUGGGGAGAGCGGAUGAGAAACCGGUCACUUGCGCCUCUCCACACAGGCAGCCCAACUUCUUGUCUGAGAUGAAAGCGGUGCUGGGAAAGCAAGCUCAGUCUGUUGACAAUAUUGCUACAGAGGGAGUAGAUGUUAAAUUACAGCAAGAGCAGAAGUCUCGACAACCUCUCCCUGGCAGGCAAGCAUCGCUUCCUGUGAAAGAGACUCAAAGGAUCACUCCUUUAUCUAAUCCUACGGAUUCCCUGAAAAUGGAACCUGAUGUGCCAGCCAGACCAGGGUCCACAGUGUCGGUACCUCAUAGGGCACCUCCUCCCGUACCUACACGGCCAAGUUCCAAGAAUUUUGAGGACCGAAGGAAGUCCGGUGAUGCUCAAACAGAUGAAACGCCCCUAUCAAAUGAUUUAGGGAAGGAGAUCAAAUCGAAUGACCCUUUACUAGAAACGAAAACUCUUGAAUCUGCAAAGCUUAAAAAUAAUCAAAAUCGGAAACCAGUAUUAGGAAAAACGAAAGGAGACGAGCUAUCGGAGGGUCAGGGUUACCUUAAACCUGUCUCAGUGGAACAAAAAGGCGACGGCAUUAUUGGCGAAGGGGUGAAAAAGCCUAGACACAGACCCCCUCCCCUGCCACCUCGACCCAAGAACUCAACAACUGCUCGGGAAGACACGGUGGCUCGCAGUGUGGAGACUCAAACCAGUCCUCCGCCUGCUAAUGCGUCACAGCGCCAUAAGGACUCAAAAUUAGCUGCUUCAACUGAGGAGGUUUAUAAAGUGCCUGUCGUUCACAACGCCAGCGAGAAACCACAGCUUAAACCCAAACCCAAACCAAAGCCAAGACCGCGCGCAAAAAUGACUGAAACACAGGACACAGAAGAUGAGCUGUAUACAGCAGUACCCCCACCACGCCCUGUGGAGGGGGCGACAUCAGAAGUUAUGCGAACCCAUGGGGAAUCUAGUAGCAGCAGUAUGGAAACAAACAUGGAUAGAGCAGAAAGUAAACCGUCAAUUACGAAAAGAACUGAGUUAGGGGUUUCGAAAAACGAAGCAGGGGAUGACUCUUCUCCGCCAGUCCCGGCGCCACGAGUUAAACGACCCUCGCACUCAUUAGGGGAGAUGAUUGAAAGAAAACUGCAUAUAGAACGCAUCGAUCUAACUCAGAAACCCUACACAGAUGCGAAUGGUUGUUGGGGUGUACCAGUGAACCUUGUGGACCGAUACGCUGAAGAACUCCGCCGAUCACACGAAGAACUCGCUAAUAUUUUGGAGAGAUUGAGGAUCCGGAAGCUAAAGAAAGCUGGUAGAACAGCUGUUCCUUGUAACGUAUCGGAAUUAGAAUUUACAAGAGAUCCUCUCGGAAGCCUGGAAAGUAUGGAAGAGUGGCUGAUUUCAUUAGGCCUGCCCAUGUACAUCACAAGUCUUGCUGAAGUGGAAUAUGACGACAUGGCGGCCAUGCCUGGUAUGGAGGAGAGACAUUUCCAAUUUGCGGGUAUAUCGGACCCCAGGCACAUGAGUCGGCUAUUGACCUCAGUGGCAGAGAUGUCUAGUUGACAAGAAAUAAGGGACCCCAAAAAUGAGCUUCACCAUAGAGUUCCCUGAAAGGCCUGAGAUAUUUGGAGCCUUUUCGAACCAAGUAUGUCAAAGGAAUCAUCGUCAGCCUUGACAAAAUAGUUACUUGUCACCCAAAGAAGUUAAAUUGACAAAAUUGUUGUGAAGAGUGCGUUUCAAGGACGUUACAAUUGAGAAAUAUGAAACAUUAAGAUAUCAACGAAUAACCAGAAAUUCUAAUAAAUUCAUACAUAGGUGAAUUGUAAAUUACAUUGCAGGAAGGAUCUGCUUGUGGAGUUAACAAAAUGAGCGAAACCGGCUUUAUUAAGAGUCGAGCAAGCGAAACGUAAUACUAAUUGUCCGUUGUGCAAUUGUAAACCGGCUGCACUGUACGUACGGUGCUUCUGUGUAUUAUUUGAAAUAAAUCAACGUGGAAAAAGC